GCGUAACAUUGCGACCUUGACAACACUGCUGACGUCUUGUAACUAUAUAGUCCAGGACGAGUUAGGUCCUCGUUUAGACCCCCUCGCCAUCGCCGGCUUGAAAAUUCAUGGGCCCCAGCGGGCACUGGCUUACGCGCAGAUUCACAGCAUAGGCUUUUCGAUUUCAGGAUUCACAUAAGCUUUUAAGAGCUUGUUUUGGAGCCCAUAUUUCAAAACUCAGUGGUGAAAAACACUUAAAAUCAGCCUGACCUCACCUGACCCUAGCUUCUCCAAAUGUGUCACGAGACAAAUUUUGAAAUAAAUCCAAAAUGCCACAGACUUCGUUUCCAAGAAGUUCUAACAGAUUCGGACUAUGUGUUUUAAGUCCUUGACCCACCAUUGACGGUCGACGAAUGACCUGACCAUAAUAUCAGAUACCACCGGCUUCAUGUUGUCUAGGCCAGCAUCUUCAUUUUUCGUGAAGCUCUUAUACUCGGUCAGGAACCGAUCAGCUGUAGGAGUCCGAUCGACCCCCUCCCCCUCCCCUCCCCCCGGCCUCUAGGUACAUUAGCUGCUGUAAAUACGCCAAUAAGGACAAGGGUGGACCCGAAGAAGAGAAAGUUGAAUACUAAACACACUAAUAUGUCCAAAAUAAGCUAUGGAUUUACUUGGGGUACUCCUAAGGAUAUUCGAUGGGUAGUCUUGGGAUUUGAGACGAGAAUCUUGGGAAAUUCUGGUCGAGAUCUUGGGAUGGAGCAAAAAUGUGGAUGGCAUCACUGGUUGGGACGCGUAUUUUGAAUUCACCAUAGGGCUCAGCCAUUCCUAGAGGAAUUCUAGGCACCUUGGAAAAAAGCGAAAUCGCGCUAGGGAUUUCAGCCGAUCUGGCAGCUCUUCCGAUGCCACUGGCGCGCCUUUUAAUCCAAAGCGCCUUUUUCGUGUCUCAUGUUUGCUCGUUUAUUGCGGAGGCCUAUAUAUGCUUCAAGAUGCUGGAAAAGGAUCACUUCCAAGUAAUCUGGAAGGCUGAUGCCAAGUACAUCUUGUGCGAGAAGCUUGAUAUGAUUCCUGACCUGGAACCGGAGUUGAUGGAGGGCACCACUGUGGCCUACCGAUGUCCGGCGUCAAAGGAAUCGGCCCUGCAGUGGAUUCAGCUGUACCAAGAGGCCGCCAACAUCCCCCUGACGACGUACGACUCCAUGUCGAAUGGCCAAAGGGUGGUGUACUGGGCCAGGCUUCGUUGUCACCACGACGUCCCAGAAAAGCCGAGUCGUCCGAGGAAAAACCAAUCCGCCAAGGACACCGGGUGCCCCCUGCGCCUGAAAGUGACUGUCGCCAACACUCCAAAACGGAAUAGGUCUACAGACCCAUGCGCGGCUUACGAGCUACGGGUGACAUGUAACAAGAAGCCCCACAACCACGCCGUGGACAACGCUGCCGCUCUGAGACAUCGACGCGUCUCUGAGCUGACGAAGGCCCGGCUGAUGGAGCUGUUCCAGCACCACCACUCGCCCUCCACGGCGCUGGAGACCCUGAAACUACAGCUUCAGGAGGAGCAUGGGAGCGCCUACCCGUCGGUGGCCGCAGACCGAGCCAUUGUCCCAGAUAGGAUGGCCGUCUACUACCUGUACUACAAGCACUGUCGGGAGCGUUACCCAGCCUCGACCCAGGAGGAGACCAUGGACCUCAUCCGCCACAUGAAGGACGUCCGCACGGCGGUCUCAGUCGAGGACGGCGAGACGGUGAUCGCGGCGGUGACGCCGCUGAUGGAGCGCGUCCACACGCUCCCCGACGCGGGAGAGGUGGUCUUCGUCGACGCCUCAGGAGGGAUGAACCGGCACGGCCAGCGCGUCUUCCUGCUGAUGUGCUGGAGCCCGGCCGGUGGUCUGCCUCUCGGUGUCAUCGUCUCCACCUCGGAGACCGAGGCCGUGGUGGACAAAGCCUUCCGGCUGCUCGUCGGGAUUUUACCAGACGGCGCCUUUGGCGGGCGUGGAAGGCGCGGCCCUCUGUGCUUCAUGACGGACGACUGUCAGGCCGAGCGGAACGCGCUGUCGGCGGUGUGGCCUGAGGCGCGGCUCCUGCUGUGCACGUUUCACGUGCUGCAGGCCGUCUGGCGAUGGCUUCACAACGGCAAACAUGGCAUCGACAAGCAACACAGGCAGGCUAUCAUGGCACUAGCCAAACAGCUCGUGUACGCCAACAAUGAGGCGGAGAUAGCGACGACGAUGGAGCUGGUGGCUACCGAGUGGGGCGAGCGCUACCCACUGCUGGACCAGUACCUGCAGGGUUUCGCUGCCCGCCGUCAAGAGUGGGCGCUGUGCCUCCGCACGGAUGUCCCCACCCGGGGACACAACACGAACAACAUCGUGGAGUCCGCCUUCAGAGUCCUCAAAGACUCUGUCCUCUACAGGACUCGGGCGUUCAACCUGCUGCAGCUGUUUGAUUUCGUCACGGUCCAGCUCAGCAAGCACUACGCCAGGAGGGCGUGCGACGUGGCCAACGGCCGGCAGCGGGCGGCACUGCGCCGGUCCGCGGCGGCACCAGCCAAGAAACGGGCACUGUGACGCAGGUGACGGAGUUCACCUAUCAGGUGAAGUCGCUGACGUCGGUCGGCAUCACCUACCUGGUGGACCUGAACGUCGGCGCCUGCACCUGCAGGAUGAACCGGCGGACUGGCGGCUGCAAACACCUCCGAGCCGUGCGGCAGCAGACUGGCGCUGUGCCGGAGGCGACGGCGACAAAGGAGACGCGGAGGGCCUUGAUGGACAUCGCCAUGGGGACCAGCCAGCAGCUGCCAGGCAACUGGUUUGACCCUCUGGUCGCCGAGCCGUCCACCUCGUCACCUCCUGGCCCCACGCCCGCCAGCGCCCCCGGAGUCGCGCAGCCCCAGCCGUCGCCUGGUCCCGAGGAGUACGACGACGACGCAAUGGACUUCGAGGACCCCGCCGCUGCGGCGGCGGCUGUCAGUGGAGCUGAGCAGCGACGCUCAGAUGACCGGACACGCCAAACCGUGGCGUUCAUCCAGGAGUGGGCAGCCUUCAUGUGCGAGGCAGUCGUCCAGGACGACACCUGGGAGAGGGCUGCCGCUGCCUUCCAGCAGAGGUGGGGCCAGCUGCCCACUGCUGGCCGCCAGUCCGCUCUGCACCAGUUUGGAGGUGCGCAGGGCUGCCGGCGGAACGCCACCCAGAUUCCGGUCCAGCCGACCAGCACUGCCCGUCGCACCAGCACCAACGUGCGGGGUCGCGCUCGCUGGCCCGCUGGACGGCCGUGCCGCUCCGCGCGCACCGGGGAGCACGGCUACGUGGCAGCCUCCGCCAGGCGGUCGGCGGCGCCCCACAGCCUGGCCACCUGUGUUGACCAGAACCGCCCCCUGGGGCGCUGAGUGGUAGAGGUGAAGUGGGGGUGACCGGGGCAAGUUGGUGCCAGGGGGGGGGGGGGGGGUAAGUUGGGACGGAAGGAAUAUUUCCAAUACUUCUCGACAGUUGGCGUUCAAACUUAUUUUGUACAUGCACAGUACAUGCACAGUCUGUUUGUCAACGUGGUGUCGGCGCGUGCUGAGGUAAGUGCUGUUCAUAAUCGCUACAAAUGUGUUUCAGGUACCAAAAGUGAUUUUCUUGCUGUGAAAAUAUUCUCUUCUAGUGUCGUUGUGUGUGCCUUUUUGUUUGCCGCAGGAGUACUGCAAACGUUUGUGUUUUGUCGUUAAUGCCCGCAUGGAUUAGCGAUGAUUGUUCAUGUGAAACAUGAAUAAAAAUGUGUUUAGA